AUGUGGGGGUGGUGCGGCUCCAUCUCCAAAAGUCUCCUCUGUUGGAUCCGCAGCGCGUCAAGAGAAGGUCGCAGAGCGCCUCAGCUGGCGCGCGCGGCCGACUUUUUUUUUUUUUCCCACCCUCCACCUUUUCAUCUCGCCGCCAUGAAGAGACAGAACGCCCGGACGCUCGCGCUCAUCAUCAGCAUCCUCACCUACCUGGUGGUCGGGGCGGCCGUCUUCGAGACCCUGGAGUCCAAGCAGGAGAAGAGUCACAGGAGGCGGCUGGACGCCAGGAAGCACGAACUCAUGCGCAAGUUCAACUUGACCAAAGCGAACUUCGAGGAGCUCGAGCUCGUCGUCCUGCAGUUCAAACCUCACAAAGCCGGAGUCCAGUGGAAAUUCGCGGGCUCCUUCUACUUCGCCAUCACUGUGAUCACGACCAUAGGUUACGGCCAUGCAGCACCCAGCACCGACUCAGGGAAGGUGUUCUGCAUGUUCUAUGCUCUGCUUGGGAUCCCGCUCACCCUUGUAAUGUUCCAGAGCCUGGGAGAGCGCAUCAACACGUUCGUCAGAUACCUGCUGCAUCAAGCCAAAAAGUGCCUGGGAAUGCAUCAGACCGAGGUCUCCAUGGCGAACAUGGUGACGGUCGGCUUCUUCUCCUGCUUGAGCACUCUGUGUGUGGGCGCCGCGGCGUUCUCCCACUGCGAGGGAUGGAGUUUCCUGCACGCCUUCUACUACUGCUUCAUCACGCUCACCACCAUCGGGUUUGGAGAUUACGUGGCCCUGCAGAGGGACGACGCGCUGCAGAACGACCCGCGCUACGUGGCUUUCUGCUUCGUCUACAUCCUCAUGGGCCUGACGGUGAUCGGGGCGUUCCUGAAUCUCGUCGUGCUUCGCUUCCUGACCAUGAACACCGAGGACGAGCGGCGGGACGCCAAGCAGAAGGCCUUGAUGUCCGUGGGCAAGCCCCGAGGGGAGGUGGUUCGUCUUCUACCGCUCUCGACCUCAACCUCGUCCACCGUCGUAGCCAACGACGCCCCGAAGGCUAAAGAUUUAAAAGGUGCUUACACCGAGGUGUUGCAUUUCCAAACAAUAUGCUCCUGCUUAUGGUACAGAAGCAAAGAGAAGCUGCAGGGCUCCAUACCCACCAUGAUCCCUCAGGAGAUGACUUUCUCAGAUCCCUACUUGCAGCAGAACAGUACCUGUCCUCACUACAUGGAUCCUGGAUCAACAGGCUGUGUGUGCAGUCCACGUCAAUGCACCAGCAUAAGCUCCAUAACAACAGGCCUACACAUUCUGUCUCCAUUCAAUCUGUUUAAAAGACGCAGCUCCGUUUAGCCUUUCACAGCAAGUGAUGACAACACUUAACUUCAACUAGAUGUACGUGGUGCUACAAUCCUGGUAUUCCAAGAGUAUACUGCGCAAAAAAAAAAAAAAAAAAGGAUUAUGCACACAGCAAAGUCUUGAUCAAAUAUGUAAUGCAGACAGAACAGUCAAAAAAGGGUUUCAUUUUGAGGCUUUGCGUGUGUGUCCUCAACAGAGUUAGGUCCAACCAGUUUGGAGUCACGGCACAUGAACACAACGUGGUGCAUGUUAUGCCUAUCGGAUGCUCGGCUGGUGAAAUCAACAAAGUGAGGGGACGGUGAAAUGAAGAGAAACAAGAACUGAAUCUUGUUUUCCCCGCAGCAAAUAGGAAUUUUGCAAUUUCAUUAACGAGUGUGGCAUUACUUCCUAAAUGUUUCCUUUACUCAUGCUGUUCCUUCAUCUUUUAAGUUUAGAGGUGUAUCAACAUAUCCAGCUCACGAGACGAGGUGAGUUUAUGAGACAAGAUUUUAGCAAUAUUGUUGUUAUAAAGAAUCUCCAUUUUUGUUCCACAGAUAUAGAAAAGGUUUCAUAAAUCACUUUUCCUCUCCCUUUGCUCUCUGUUAUCACAGUACAACAUUCCAGUCCAUGUUUGACAAAUAUAUAUAUUUAAUGCUUAUCUCUGUCUAAGGUGACUCUGAUGCGGACAAGAGACAAGCAAAUGUCUCCCUGCUUUGUUUAAGAUACUAUAAAAAAGCCCUUUUUGCUUAAUGGAAAGCAACUCAGUUAGCUUUCCAUUAGCACCAUUAGCGGCUAACGAUUAGCCAGAUAUGUAAACUUUUGCAUUACAUCACUACCGGUAUAUUAAAAUUUUUAUAGGCUUCUUCAAAAUAAUUUUGGAUUUUACCUACUGCAUGGGGCAACUCAAGAACGGCUUCCUUUUCGGAUAAAUCACAAGCUUUCAUAGCAGGGAUCCAGAAUAAUCACUGGCACUUAUUUCACCCGACAAGGCCACUGGCUGGGAGUUUUUUACUAGACGGGCUUUGAUGAGAAAUGUGGCAUUUUAUGAACACCAGAUUUCAUGUCAUACACUCUUACUUAGAAGACAAUGCAGUUUGCGAGAAUUUCUCACAGCAUUCGUGACCCAUCAGAACUUUACCAAGUCUGGAAUAGUCGACUAACUUCAUAUGAGUCACAUCUGUAGCUGGAACCCUGACUGUCAGUGCUCUCCAACCAAAUUGCUGGUGCUAGGCACAAACUUAUGUAAUUUGUCAGGUGGAAAAGUCUAAAAACAAUGUGGCCACGGACAAUAACACAUUGAAAUAUCCUUUAGUUUGAUUGGUUUUACCCUAGAAGUAAACGACGUACCACGAGUUCAGUUUAAUUACGUUCAUCAUCAAUUUGUCUUAAUGAGCUUGAUGGACUGUAUUUACUGCAGGUUAAAGUGUCUUGGUUCAUUUUCUUUCAUUCAUCUGGUUGACUGGUAGCUAAACUGUAGUAUUUAGAUGUUUGAUGUUCUAACCCAUAUUGCAAGAAAAUCCCCAAAGCCAGAGCUGGAAACAAAAAGAAAUGCAUUGCGGUUCAGUAAUUAUCUCUAGCCUAUAUGUAACAUUUAUGUACUGAAUAAUGGAAGAAAUAUUUCAUGUAGAAUUGUCUGUCAAUCAGAAAAAAUUUAUCAAGCAUUUUAAAAUGGCUAAAAAAACAACAACUAAAAACCCGCAUAAAACACAAAUGAGUAUCUAAGGAUAUUUCUAUUUGAUUUCUUGGCAACAUAAACCAUAAAUACACUCUUUCUGAUUUGUCAGGGAUGUUUUUAAAAAAUUUCAAAUAAGAUUCAAAGUUAUCAUAAACAAUAGUAUCUGUAGUAAAAUGCUUGCCGUGCUUGGUGAAGAAUAACUGGUAGAAGCUUAGUCAGUCCCAUCCUAAUUUUAGCUCUUUUGAACAAUAAGAAAUGAUUCUUAUCAAUUUGACACAGUGUUAUUCUCGUCGAUAUAUAAUUUGUACAAUUUCACUAGGGAUGACAGAUAUGAAUUUUGUUUCUGUUUUCUCAAACUACAUCUGUGUUGCAAUGCUACAACUUGGAGGCUGCUAGCCGUAUCAGUCCGCCUUAUCAGCUGCGACUCAUCGAUCGGCUCUGACUCGUUCGCUUUCACCGCUCAGACUGCUUACUCGCUUUUCUACAAACUUAUGCCGAUAAGACGUCUUUCUGCUGCAAAUAUAAAGAACCUUGAAAAUUGGAUCGAGGAUAAUUCUUUUAGCUAAUUGUCAUAGGUUAGCCGUUUUUUGCUGCCUGAGGUUAUUAUGCUAAACUAGGCUAAUUAUUUUCCACUGCACAGCACAGCAUAUUAUUGCAAUUUUUUAAUGCAAUAUCAGUAAAAAAUUAUAUUUGGUACAAUAUUUGGUAGCUAUAAUUCAGGCAAUAACACUGCUUUCCAAUAGUUUACACUUAGAUGGACUUUCUGUUGUGUGUCAACAACUGAAAUAGACGUCAAACGAUUUAAGCUGUACAGAUUCUAAAAUGUGGCUUAAAUCCAAAUGUUAAUUUCAUCACAAUAUCCAACAAUGACUGACAAUGUUAUGUUUUCCUAAUAUUACGGAGCUGUGUUUGACAGUAUGCUGUGUCUACUUUGCUUUUCAGGCAGGAAAGUCUCUUAGGCAUUUCCUUAGAGCAUUUUCAUUGAUGGCAACAGAACACAGAGGAUAGAAGACCUGCCGAAACGCAACAAUACACAUUACACAUAAUGUGCACAGAGAUGUGCAGAUCACAUCUGGAACAAACAGUAGAUUCAAUUGUGGGUUGUUGUUUUUUUUUGUUUGCUUUUUUUGGAGUCUGUUGGGGCAGAUGGGAGGGGGGUUACCAUGUUGGUACAAUGUGUAAUUAGUUGGUUGUCAGUCACAGACAGCUUUGCUUGAAUAGACGGAAUCGGGAUGAUUGAUGGUUCAGAAAAAAGUUCUCUUUCAGCUAAAGUCUCACGUAUUCCUGGGUACAAUUUGGUGGUUUGUCAGUGGGUGGGCAUGAUGCAGAGUCGCAUUUGCUUCAUUUCGAGGAGGAACGACUCCAUUUUAACCCCUGAAGAUGAAUUAUUUCGAUUUGCUUAUCAUUGUAUUCUGUGACUUUACAAAUAAGCAGCUGACAAAAUCAAUCAAGGGGACAAACUGUACCCCUUUAAAGAGAAAGUACAUCCUUUUUUGUCACUGUAUUCAUUAUUACUUCAACAGAUGACUGGGGGUUAUAAACUAAGCAUCUUUGAUUUGGUCUCAGCUAUUUAAUUGCUCCAUGAAUCUUGCGAUAAAUUCAGUUUUAAGGAGCCUUAUUGCUCAUUGGAAAAGUUAUCAAGUUUAUUUUGUUGCAGAGCUCUGGGUAAGUGUCACGGUUUUACCAACACCGACGCUUUUCUACCAGUUUUCUCUGGGUUUGUAGAAAACAUUAGAAAUUCUAAAUGAACGGCAACAUCUACAUAUUUUGGCCAGUUUCCUAAGACACAAUUUCACCACAUAUCUGUACUUGGAUUUUUUAAAUGUAUUUAUUCAAUGUAUUUAUUUUAUUUUUUUUUUUGUCAUUUAACGUGUUUUACCGUUUGCUUUGUUGGGUGAAAUCUGGGACUAACAGACUAAACCGGUGCACGUAUUACAUGCAAAUAAGAAAUGAUGUGAUGUCUCCUCAGAGGAUGAAAUCAUGUAGCAGCAUCAACCUGUUGUGCUGGACUGACAUACACAUUUACAUAUGAUUAUUAAAGAAAAGGAACGUAUGCUUUCGAUUCUUUCACCAACAAAAUAAGAACCUAUUGUUAAUUGUAUGCAAAGGUUUAAAAAAAAAUACUUGAGCAAUGACAGAAGCUAUAUUUCAGGAAUAUUAAUUAAUUUUACAGGCCUGUACAUCAGCAAGAACAGGGAAAUUAGAAAAAAAGUGCAGAACUCCAAAGAGGUCUCUCCCACUUCCUCAUAUUUUCUUGACAACAGGCAACAAAAAUGUUCUUGCAGCUUUGGGAGAGAGAACAAAGUUCUUUGUUCUUGCAGAAUACUUAUGGGCCUUAAAUCUGUCAACAGUAAAACAUGAAUA